GAAGGAAAAAAAGGAUAUUUCGCAGUGAGCGAGUCCGUGAGUCAGUGAGUCCCCACUGGCUGCUGUGGAAGAAUGGCCGUCUCCGUUUCCGUCCUCGCCGUCGUCGUCGCUCUCCACCUCAUCGCCUUCGUCUUCGCCGUCGGCGCCGAACGCCGCCGCAGCACCGCGACGGUGAAGCCCGACGAGUACGACGAGCGCACGUUCUGCGUGUACGACUCCGAUGCGUCCACGAUUUACGGCAUGUCGGCGUUCGCGCUGCUGCUGGUCAGCCAGACGGUGCUCAACGGCGUCACCAAGUGCCUCUGCUUCGGCAGAGGCCUCCUCACCGGGACCUCCGUCACCACUUGCGCCAUCUUCUUCUUCAUCUUUUCCUGGGUGACCUUUUUGGGAGCUGAAGCUUGCUUACUGGCUGGGUCAGCAAAAAAUGCAUACCACACAAAGUACCGAGGAAUAUUUGGUGGAGACGAUAUAUCUUGUGCCACUCUUCGCAAAGGUGUAUUUGCAGCCGGUGCUGCUCUGACAUUGUUGUCAUUAAUCGGUUCGGUAGCUUACUAUUGGGCUCACUCAAGAGCUGAUACAGGAGGAUGGGAGAAGCAUCGGAAUGAAGGUCUUGGCAUGGCUACAUCCAAUUAUACUGAGCAACAGCAACAUCAUCAGAAUAAUGGUGGAUUUGAGAAAGCGUAAUCCUGGUCUGAUGAUGAUGUAAGGGGGUAUAAUUUUGGUCUCUUGGUCGGAAAACUAAUGCCUGUAAUAGUCAGUGGUUGAUAUCCGAGUAUGUCAGAGUUAGACUCUUUGUUCUCUCUUUAUAUAUACCCGCAAUAUAUAUGCAUAUGUUCGUGUUGUGGUUUGGGACAUAUUCCAUUUACUGACUCAAGAGUGUACAUGCUUAAUUUUCAUUUGAUUCUA